AUGGUUGAUGGCGGUUAUCCGACCAAGAACUACAACAAAAGUAGGCUGACGCCGCAGAGCUCCCCGAAACGAGUUAGAAUUUCGCCAACGACUCAGAUUGUUGACGAUGGGCCGUCCGGCAAGGAGAGAAUUGUUCCGACGAUCAUUACCUCGUCGGAGGAAACGCCCAAAUCGACAAUGAGGGUGACAGCUGUUGCGGUACCAUCAGGCUCGCAACCGCCCAUGACAUCCGCUGCCGGCCCGCCGAAACCAGACCACCCUCAGGCAACAGGUUAUGCAGACUACGAACCCGUAACUGGACGCGUCGAAACUGCCCGAAAUAUCGUACCACCGGUUUCAAGUUCUCAGCCCAAAAUGCAACAACCCACACCGGAGACUGUUACUGGUCUAACUGACGCGAAUGCGUCCAAGGUAACAGUUGGAGCCCAGUACAAACCAGUCCAUGUGGAGACCUUUUCGAUAAACAGUGCUAGAGGAACCGCGCCUUACACAAGUACUCCUAUACCCAGCGGUCCGUCUCACACUCAAGGUACCUCCGCUUCUUCAAAUGAACAAACCACAACCACUGUUAUUGGCACUCAACAAACUACACCCGCGCUAGUUGAAGAUGACGACUACGAUGAAGCUGACAAUAUGCCAGUAAUGGGUACUUACCCACGUCGUCAAUGGCUUCAGGAUUUGGAUAACCCUCCCGAGCCAACACCUCUCCAGUACCCGUCGGCCAAACGGCCAAUGACAUUCCGUAACACCAGUUCGUCGAAAGUUAGCAUUUACGACAAUGUUAGUCUGCCAUAUAUAGACAGCCAAUGA